GAGGAUCCGGUCUCUUCCUAGGCCGUCACUGACACAGAGACUAAGGCCAUGUUCAGUACCAGCGCCAAGAUCGUGAAGCCCAAUGGCGAGAAGCCCGAUGAGUUCGAGUCUGGGAUCUCCCAGGCUCUGCUCGAGCUGGAGAUGAACUCUGAUCUGAAAGCUCAGCUGAGAGAACUUCACAUCACAGCAGCCAAGGAAAUCGAGGUUGGUGGCAGCAGGAAAGCCAUCAUCAUCUUCGUUCCUGUUCCUCAGCUUAAGUCCUUUCAGAAGAUCCAGGUGCGUCUGGUGAGGGAGCUGGAGAAGAAGUUCAGCGGGAAGCAUGUGGUCUUCAUUGCACAGAGGAGAAUUCUGCCCAAACCCACCAGGAAAAGCCGCACGAAGAACAAGCAGAAGCGUCCCAGGAGGUGAGUGGAUCGGAACCGAUUCCAGCCGAUAUUUAACGCCGAUCAAGGCUGUUUGGAGAGAUGAUGGAGAAGAACAUGAUGUUGAAUCAA